CAAAUAUUUGAGAACAUAGAAAUAAUAAUGUACAAUAAUUAUAGUUUUUUUAAAAUCAUAUUUUUAUUAAUAUUAAUCAUAAAUUUGGAUAGUGCUUAUUCGAAAUUAGAUAAAUAUUUUAAUAAUGAAGAAAAUGAACCAUUAAUCAAGGAUUCAUUUUUUUUAACAGAUUGGGAUGUACUAGCACCAUUUCCAAGUGCACCAAGAGAAGAUGUGGAUGUUUUAGCUGCUUAUGGUGGAAUUACUGGUAUACCAAGAGCUGAUAACUCAACUUAUCCAAGCGAUUUAGUAUUUGGUGGAGAAGUUGGAUGGACCAAAAUUACUACAAAUGAUUAUGUUACAGUAAAUUUUACAAAUGUUAACUGGGAUUUAAUAGAGUCAUGGGCUGGAUCUAGUGGCAGUUAUUUUAGUGGUUGGGCUUUAUCCGAUUUUGAUGUCGAAGGUGAUAAUGAAAAUUAUGUGGUUACUUGUGUUGGGGUUUCAAAGUUUUUUGUAGAUGAUAUAAUAAUGCAAGGGGAUUCAUACCAAUUGGGCCUCACUUAUAAUGCCAUCACAUUAAACAAGGGUAAACAUACUGUGCGUGUAAGAGUAAUAGGUUCUGAACAGGCUGGUUUUGGGUGUAUUGUAAAUACCAUUAUUGUAAAUUCACCAGAAAAUACAAAUUCAUUUUGGGUAAUCUAUGAAAAUACAAUUGUUCCAGAUAUUGUUGAUAAUCAAUUUGCAUCACCUUUUAUUUCAAUAUCAGUAUUAAAUGUUUUGAACCAAACCAUUAACGACGUUUCAAUUCAAGUAGCGUCGGAUUUAGUUGAUUUACAAAUUUUUACACCCCAAUCAUCUCUUUCAAAUGGGAAUCAAUCACCAUCACUCCAACCUGGUCAAGUUACACCAAUUAAUUUUAUGUUAAAAGUAUCCAACCAAUCAGGUGAAGUUAACUGUCCUGCAGGUACAACAUAUGCAUUUAUGGUUUAUAUUAGUUCAGAGCUUUCAAUUAAUCAUGCAAAUCCGAUCACCCUUAAUUUCUCAUGUAAAUCAUUUGGUGAACCAUUCACAUUCACAUUUUUAGACUAUGAUCAAUCUGUACAAUACGCCGCUGCAACUCCUCCAUUGUCUCCAUGUUCUAAAACUUUCAGUCCCAAUAAUGGUCUAAUUGAUAGCGACAAUACAUGCCCUGUUUUAUUAACUUUUCAUGGUGCUGGUGUGGAUGCUAAAUCACAAGCAUGGACUGGUGCAUAUCAGAGACAAAACUAUUCUUGGACUUUAUUCCCAACAAAUCGUGCAAACUAUGGCUUUGAUUGGGAAAGUGGUGGUGUUAAAAAUGCAAUAUAUGCUUUAGAAUACUUAUGUGGUUCUUUACCAGGGGUUCAAGACAAACAAAAUUAUCAAUGCGAUGUUUAUAGAUUACAAAUAGCAGGUCAUUCAAUGGGUGGGCAUGGAGCAGAACACUUUGUUACUACAAUUUUCCCAGAUCGUACAAUUUCACUUAGUGUUGCAGCAGGUUGGAUCGAUAUGAAACUAUAUACCCCAAACUUUUUAAGAUUGGGUUACUCAUUGUCACAUCCAAAGCUCCGUUAUAUUUUUGAUGCCGUGGUUAGCGAGAAUGACUCUGACUUCCAUUCACCACAUCUAAUCAAUAUUCCAUUAAUUGUAAGAAUGGGUAGUGAUGAUGAUAAUGUACCACCAUAUCAUUUAAGACGUUUAAAUAGACUCUAUAAUCAACUUAAUCAUAAUCCAACAAAAGGUAUUGUAAGCGAAAUCCCAGGUGAGGGUCAUUGGUUUAAUGGUGUUGUUGAUGAUGCUACUAUGCAGGCAUUCUUCAAUCGUUAUAUCUUAAGUGGAAUUCCAAAGUUACCAACAACAUUUUUAGUAACAUGUAUCAAUCCAGCCUCAUUCCAAGGCAAAGGAGGUAUUAAAAUAUUACAAUUAACUCAAAACUAUAAAGUUGCAAAAAUUAAAGUCACCAAACAGUCAAAUGGGUCAUGGAAUUUAGCAAUAGAAAAUGUUAGAAGAUUCUCAUUCUAUCAAUUUAAUGAACAACCAACUAAAAUUACAAUUGUAAAUGGUAAAUCAACUCAAACAUUGCCAUAUUUCCAAUAUCCAUCCCAUUACUGUAACUUAAAUAAUAAUAACCAAUGGUCAGUUUGUAACGAUGAAAAUUGGCAAUACAGUGAAAGAAACCCAUUUAAUUAUGGUCCAAUGGUUCAAAUAGUCGAAUAUCCAAUAAUUAUUGUUUAUGGUACAAUUGGUAGCGAACAACAAACCUUUCAAAGACAACAGCUAGGUGUUUAUUUAUCUAAUGUAUGGUUUUACCAAUUAAGAUAUGCUGUUUCUGUUAUUCCAGAUACCGAUUUUAAUUCAAAUCUUUUUGAAACCUAUAAUGUUAUCUUCAUGGGUGGAUCAAAUACAAACAAAGCAGUGCAAUCAAUUAAAUAUCUACCAAUUCAGUUUGGUGGUAAUUCAAACAACAUCUCUUUCACUUUAAACAAUAUUGAAUUUAAUCAAGAGGGUUUGGGUGUAUUAUUUUUAGCAUCAUGUAAUUCAACUCUUAGGGUUGGUUGUAUGGUUACUGUAAUUGAAGGUUCCGAUCAAUAUGGUUUCUCAAAUGCUGUUCAGUAUUUCCCAACAAAGUCAUCUUUCCCAAUGCCAGACUAUAUAGUUUUGGGUAAACAAUUCCCCUAUCAAGGCGUUGCUGGUGCUUAUGCUCUUGGAUUCUGGGAUAAUUUUUGGAACUAUCAAAAUGAUUUGUCUUAUUUAACAACAAUUUUAAAUGAUUAAAAUAUUACAAUAAAUAUAAAAAUAAUAAAAAGUUUUUUUUUUAAAGAAACUAUAUUUAAAAAAAACUU